CCGAUCAUUGUGUUUAGAAUUGUGUCAGUGUAAGGUUGAAUUGAAUUGAAGUGAAAAAUGGCUCGUACAAAGCAGACCGCUCGGAAGUCUACUGGAGGCAAGGCUCCUCGUAAGCAGUUGGCUACUAAGGCAGCACGUAAAAGUGCGCCAGCUACUGGCGGUGUGAAAAAACCUCAUCGCUAUCGCCCUGGUACAGUUGCUCUGCGUGAAAUUCGUCGUUACCAGAAGAGCACAGAAUUGCUUAUACGCAAGUUGCCGUUCCAGCGUUUAGUCCGUGAAAUCGCUCAGGAUUUCAAGACUGACCUUCGUUUCCAAAGCUCAGCUGUAAUGGCUCUGCAGGAAGCUAGCGAAGCCUACUUGGUUGGCCUAUUCGAAGAUACAAAUUUGUGCGCCAUUCAUGCCAAACGCGUCACGAUCAUGCCCAAGGACAUUCAACUGGCCAGACGUAUCCGUGGCGUUGCAGUAUCCGCGUCCCCCGUGACUCCCCAAACAGCCUCGGCUGAGAAGAAGGUGGCUGCUAAAAAGCCAGCAUCUGCAUCCGUAUCUAAGGCAAAGAAAGCAGCGGUCCCUCCAACACACCCACCAACUCAGCAGAUGGUGGAUGCAUCGAUAAAAAAUCUAAAGGAACGUGGAGGCUCAUCCCUCUUGGCUAUUAAGAAAUAUAUCAGUGCCACUUACAAGUGCGAUGCCCAGAAGCUGGCUCCAUUCAUUAAGAAGUACCUGAAGAAUUCGGUUGCGAGUGGAAAAGUGAAGGGAAAGGCAAAGUCGCGCUCAAACCGCGCUGGCCUGCAGUUUCCCGUUGGUCGUAUUCAUCGGCUUCUUCGCAAGGGCAACUAUGCCGAGCGUGUUGGUGCCGGUGCUCCAGUUUACUUGGCGGCUGUUAUGGAAUAUUUGGCCGCUGAAGUUUUGGAGUUGGCUGGUAAUGCAGCCCGCGACAACAAGAAAACCAGAAUUAUCCCUCGCCAUCUGCAAUUGGCCAUCCGCAACGAUGAAGAGUUGAAUAAACUCCUUUCGGGCGUCACUAUUGCCCAGGGCGGUGUGUUGCCUAACAUCCAAGCAUGAAAAAUGGCUCGUACAAAGCAGACCGCUCGGAAGUCUACUGGAGGCAAGGCUCCUCGUAAGCAGUUGGCUACUAAGGCAGCACGUAAAAGUGCGCCAGCUACUGGCGGUGUGAAAAAACCUCAUCGCUAUCGCCCUGGUACAGUUGCUCUGCGUGAAAUUCGUCGUUACCAGAAGAGCACAGAAUUGCUUAUACGCAAGUUGCCGUUCCAGCGUUUAGUCCGUGAAAUCGCUCAGGAUUUCAAGACUGACCUUCGUUUCCAAAGCUCAGCUGUAAUGGCUCUGCAGGAAGCUAGCGAAGCCUACUUGGUUGGCCUAUUCGAAGAUACAAAUUUGUGCGCCAUUCAUGCCAAACGCGUCACGAUCAUGCCCAAGGACAUUCAACUGGCCAGACGUAUCCGUGGCGAGCGCGCUUAAAUUGCUUCGCUAUUCUCUUUUGUAGAUAUUACAAGCAACAUCCAACAAAUCGGUCCUUUUCAGGACCACAA